AUGACUGUGUCCUACACUCUCCGCGUGGCCAAUGCCCGCUUUGGGGGCUUUUCGGCCCUCCUGUUCCGCUGGCGGGGAAGCAUUUACAAGUUGCUCUACAAGGAGCUUCUGGUGUUCCUGGGUCUCUACGGACUGCUCAGCCUCACUUACCGGAAUCUGCUGUCCCAGGAACAGAAGCGCAUCUAUGCCCAAGUGGCCCGAUACUGCAACCGCUCUGCCGACCUCAUCCCCAUGUCCUUUGUUCUGGGGUUCUACGUGACGCUGGUGGUGAACCGCUGGUGGGCCCAGUACACGAGCAUCCCGCUGCCGGACCGCCUCAUGUGCGUGGUCACGGCCACCGUGCACGGGGACGACGAGCGCGGACGCACGCUGCGCCGGACCCUGCUGCGCUACGCCAACCUGGCCUCGGUGCUGGUGCUGCGCUCGGUCAGCACCCGCGUGCUGCGGCGCUUCCCCAGCGUGGAGCACGUCGUGAAAGCAGGCUUCAUGACCCAGGAGGAGAAGCAGAAGUUCGAGAGCCUGCACUCAGACUUCAACAAAUACUGGGUUCCUUGUGUCUGGUUCACCAACUUGGCUGCCCAGGCUCGAAGAGAGGGCAGAAUCCGGGAUGACAUUGCCCUCGGGCUACUCUUGGAGGAGCUGAACCAAUACCGAGGCAAGUGUAGCCUCCUUUUUCACUAUGACUGGAUCAGCAUCCCUCUGGUUUACACUCAGGUGGUGACCAUUGCUGUCUACUCCUUCUUUGCCUUUUGCCUCAUUGGACGUCAGUUCUUGGAGGACCCUAAGGGACCCUCGCCAGGCCAAGAGGUGCCCCUGGGGGACCUGGAUCUGUAUGUGCCACUCACCACCCUUCUGCAGUUCUUCUUCUAUGCGGGCUGGCUUAAGGUGGCUGAACAAAUCAUCAACCCCUUUGGAGAGGAUGACGACGACUUUGAGACUAACCAGCUCAUUGAUCGGAACCUGCAGGUGUCCCUGCUGUCUGUGGAUGACAUGUAUGGAGACUUACCACCCUUGAACCGAGACCGCUAUUGGGGCGAGGCAGCGGCUCAGCCCCCCUACACAGUGGCUUCUGCAGCCGAUAGCCUGCGCCCCACCUUCUUGGGUUCCACCUUUAACCUGAAUAUGUCGGAGGAGCCGUCAUCUUUGGAGCCGGAGAAGGAAACUGGGGCUGUCUCGGACUCUCCCAGCUCGGUGUGGGCACGGACGCCGCUGCUCGGCCGCUUCCUAGGAGCCUCCGCCCCUUCACCGGCCGUCAGCCUGCGGUCCUCACGCCCCCGGACAGCCCAGGCCGCCACACCGGUCCCCGGACGCCUGCGCCUGGGCCGUCUCCUGCACGUGCCCGCAGCUCGCAUAGACGAGGAGGCUCCGGAGGCCUUAAGCUCGGAGUCUAGCUCCCAGGAGGAUGAGGAGAAGGUCGCUCCGGGGAGCUAG